AUGAAAGAGAUAACUGAAAAUUGGAACAAAUUUAAAACCAAUCUUGAAUCUUUAUCAAGUUUACGUUUACCUAGAUUGAUUAUUUCACCAAAUUCUAAAUCUGUUGAACUUCACAUUUUUUGUGAUGCUACGUCUUUUCUAUGCGCCAAAUCCCGAGUGGCGCCACUCAAAACUCUUUCCAUACCACGGCUCGAGUUAUGCGGAGCUGUUCUCCUCGUAGACCUUCUUCAAAAUAUAAAAGAAGCGUUAUUACGCACGAUCAGAAUAGAUUCUAUCACGGGUUGGACGAGCUCCCAAGUUACGUUGGCUUGGAUUUGGUCCGAACCUAGUCGCUGGAAAGUUUUCGUUGCUAAUCGUGUUACUCACAUACAAGAACAUUUACCAUCAUCUUCAUGGAGAUAUAUAUCUUCUCAACAAAACCCCGCCGAUUGUGGUUCUAGAGGUUUAUUUCCAAGUCAAUUAAUUCCAUAUGAACUGUGGUGGAAAGGUCCUUCCUGGCUUCGGGAACCUCCAGAGAAUUGGCCAUCCAAUGUUCGUUUAAAUUCAGAAACCACAGAAAUUACAAAUGAACAAAAACCGAAUACUGUUCAUGUUUUAGAAAACUCAACUCAUGUUAUAGAUCUAUUACUUUUAAAAUUUUCAUCGAUUUCAAGAAUUAAACGUACCUGUGCUUACAUUUUACGUGUUAUUCAUCAUUGUCGUAAACGAAAACGCUAUCUAACACUACAAUUGUUGCCUUUUAAAACCCAAAAGGCUCUUUAUACCAUAAUCCAUCACGUACAAUUGCAUCAUUUUUCCGAAUUAUUCACAGCUAUUCGUAACAACAAACUUCCUGAUAAAUGUUUUCGAAAGUUGGCUCCCUUCCUCGAUAGGGAUGGAUUGAUUAGGGUUGGUGGUAGAAUAAAAAACGCUGUAAUUCCUUUCGAUCAUAAACACCCUGUGUUAUUACCUAAACGCCCUCGUGUGAGUGAGUUGAUUGUGGAGGACAUACAUAAACAAUACUUACAUCCGGGUCAACGUACACUUCAGAACCUAGUUAUGCAACAGUAUUGGAUACUAGGUGCUCGGAGCGUCAUCCACAAGAUCAUAUCUAGAUGCAUCAGAUGUUUUCGGUGCAAAUCACGAGCAUACGCUCCUUGGAUGGCGGACUUACCUCCCUUCAGAGUGUCUGAAAUCAAGGCCUUCUCCGUGGUAGCAGUAGAUUUUGCGGAACCAAUCUAUAUAACCAUCAGUCGUUGCAGAGGAUCCCGUGCGGUUAAGUCCUAUAUAUCAGUUUUUGUUUGUACGGCUACCAAAGCUAUUCAUUUGGAGCUCGUUUCAGAUCUUACCACGGAGGCUUUCAUUGCUGCGCUUAGACGAUUCAUUUCCCGGAGAGGACGAUGUUUCAUGAUACUUUCUGAUCAGGGCACUAAUUUUAUUGGAGCCUAUAAUCGUCUACAAGAAAUGGCAGAAGUCGCGGGCUAUCGAUUGGACCUAACUUAUCAGUUCCAUCCACCUGGCGUUCCGCACUUCAACGGUCUGACUGAAGCAGGGGUCAAGGCUGUUAAAGGUCACUUAUUACGGGUCAUCGGGGAUCAAAAGCUUACAUUUGAAGAAGUAUACACCGUACUAACCCAGAUUGAAGCGGUGUUAAAUUUAAGGCCCCUCUCAGCCAUUACCAUUGAUCCUAACGAUCUCCAAUCCUUAACCCUCUCACAUUUUUUAUUUUUGGAGCCUCAAAAUUCUGUUGUUCUAGAGAAAGAUCUGACGCAGGUCCAACUUAAUCGAUUGGAUCGUUGGAAAUUAAUUCAAGCCAUGGUGCAACACUUUUGGAAGCGAUGGCAUGUAGAAUAUAUAACAACGCUUCAACUUCGUCAUAAAUGGAACUCGCCCUCGCCAAGCCCCGCUGUUGGUGACUUGGUUAUCAUCCGCGACGAGCAACAACCACCGCUUAGAUGGGAAACUGGAAGAAUUUGCGAAAUUCAUCCCGGUGAAGACGGAAUAAUUCGAGUUGUAACCGUUAAAACAACAAAUGGAAGGCGCCCUACAACAAAAAUAUGUCCGUUACCAAUUCCUUAA